GAGACGAAGCGGCGAAAACCCCGCAGUCUGAAGAACCAAGCUAACUCUCCCUGCGCCCACACCCGGCGCUCCGCAGCAUGCCGGGCUCCCGCCUGCUGGCCGCGCUCUGCUGCGCGCUGCUCUGCGCCUCCGGCCUCCGGGCCGCCCCCGGUGACCUCUGUGACUCCAGCCCCUGCCUGAAUGGUGGAACCUGCAUGGUGGGCCGAGACAAUGCCUCCUUCCACUGCUUCUGCCUCGAAGGCUUCACGGGCCUCAUUUGCAACGAGACUGAGAAGAAUCCUGCCCUGGGCUUUGGCUUCCUCUUCACACCCCAAACUUCUAGCCCCUCCCAAAAUCCCUGUUCUCCAAACCCCUGCCAUAAUGGUGGUGAAUGCCGAGUGACUGGCAACGAACGGCGAGGGGAUGUCUUCACCCCGUAUGCCUGCAUAUGUACUCAGGGCUACGUAGGCACCCAUUGUGAUGACAGAUGUGCCACGCCGGUGGGCAUGGAGGGGGGUGCCAUUGCUGACUCACAGAUCUCUGCCUCAUCUGUGCACUUGGGCUUCAUGGGUUUGCAGCGCUGGGGCCCAGAACUGGCCCGCCUGCACCGUACAGGCAUCGUCAAUGCCUGGACGGCCAGCAACUAUGAUAAAAACCCCUGGAUCCAGGUAAACCUGCUGCGGAAGAUGUGGGUGACGGGUGUGGUGACACAGGGAGCCAGCCGCGCGGGUACUCAUGAGUACCUGAAGACCUUCAAGGUGGCCUACAGCCUUGAUGGACACAGAUUCACAGUCAUCCAGGAUACAGAGACGUUAGGAGACAAGGUGUUUAUGGGUAAUGUGGACAACAAUGGCCUGAAAUACAACCUAUUUAAGACCCCUGUGGAGGCGCAGUAUGUGAGGCUGUUACCUGUGCUUUGCCAACGGGCCUGCACCCUGCGGUUCGAGCUCCUUGGCUGUGAGUUGAAUGGAUGCUCCGAACCCCUGGGCCUGAAGGACAACAUCAUCCUUGACAAGCAGGUCAAGGCCUCCAGCACCUACAAGACCUGGGGCGUGCAGGCCUUCAGCUGGUACCCCUUCUACGCAAGGUUGGACUAUCAGGGCAAGUUCAAUGCCUGGACUGCUGCGAGCAACAAUGCCUCUGAGUGGUUGCAGGUCGACCUGGGCUCCCAGAGGGAAGUGACAGGCAUCAUCACCCAGGGGGCCCGUGACUUUGGCAGCAUCCAGUAUGUGGCAUCCUACAAGGUGGCCUACAGUAAUGAUGGCAUGACAUGGACUGAGUACAAGGAUCCCAGGACUGACAAGAGCAAGAUCUUCCCUGGCAACUCAGACAACAACUCUCACAAGAAGAAUGUGUUUGAGACACCCAUCCUGGCUCGCUUUGUGCGUAUCCUGCCCGUGGCCUGGCAUAAUCGCAUCACCCUGCGCUUGGAGCUGCUGGGCUGUUAGUGGCAGGCCUGGCCCAAGUGGCCAGAAGGGCUACUGAGGCCACCUGCCCUCCCUGGGUUUCCUGCCUUCUGUGAGCCUGCUGCCCCUUUGGCCCUCCCUGAUUGUAGUGGUGCUGGGGCUGAGGAGAGGGAGGGGUUGCAGAGGCACCGCCACAGGACAGUCAUCUCUCCCUCCCUCAUCGUCAGCUUCCACCUCCCAUGUGCCCCUGGCACCAGCCCUCAUGUGGCCCAUUUUCUUUGGCACUGUAGGAAUUGAGUAGGUCUGGGAUGGACAGGAAAGGGUGGAACAGGGCGUGUGGGGUCCCUGCACCCUCCAGACCCCUGAUUCCAGGCUCUGGGUUGAGUCUGGAGGUGCCUCUGUGUCCUUCCCAGCCCCUCUCCCACACACAUUCCCACUCCUGUGAGGAAGGCCCUCAAACGCCAGGCUGGAGAUAAGAGCAUGCUGCUGCCACUCCUGCCACUGCCCCCUGGUCCCUGAGACACUUCCUUUAUCUCCCUGGAGACUUCUCUUGACCCUUGUCCUGGAGCCUAGCAUGACAGGAGGGGGCUGGGCGAGUCUGUGGAGAGAUGGAGGAGGCAGGUCAGGGAGGAGGUGGGCAUGCUGGCUGGCGUGGGGCCCUCUCUGCUGGCUCUUCACCCUGAAGUGCACAGGCAGCUUCUAAAAUAUAUUUAUAUUCUUCA